AUAUAAAUUAAGGGGUUCAGAUAUAAUUAAAAUAUAUACAAUCUAAUUAGUACUGUGAAAAUAAAAUAAAUAAAUUAAGAAAGAAAGAAAGAAAGAUAAAAAAUGCUUUUUGAUUACUAAAAUACUGUGGAUUCUCCCACCAAUCAAAACAACAUAUGUUUCUAACCUAUUUAUUAUAAAGUUCAGCCAAGAUAUAAUUACGAUAGUUAGACUUGUUCUGAAUACUCUGAUGAUGUUAACCAUUAGGAAAUGUCACAAAUUUCAUCAUAAAUUUCUACCAACACAUACAAAUAGUAGAGUUAAAUUAUUUCUAAGCUAAAUACAUAAAACGAUUUAUAUUAGUGUGAAUAUGAAAAAAAUCUUACAACUCCUUCAUAACAAUCUGAGUUUCAAAUGACAAGCUCAAUUAAUUCAAUAGAUAAUGGGUCAUAAUUCACAUACAAAAAUGAAAAAAGUGGUUGUGGUAGCGGCGAAAAUAGAGUUUAGAAAAGGAAACCAAAAUUAAAUCUUGGGAAUAAAUAAAAAAAUUUAGAUUAUGUUAGCACCAGCACUUUGCACAAUAUUAAGACAAUACGUUAAUACAAGCAACACUUAAAAAACUUCAAAAAGCGCUUUAAUUAAACUGAAAAUUAAUGCGCAUAUACAAGUUUGCUCGUCAAGCAAGUACCUGAUAGAGAAAUUUUCUUCUUAAUUGGUGAUAUAAUUGUUGAGCCUAAUUUUCGUGAGGAAUGGUACUCUAUUGGAGAACCAUCACCUUAUAACUACUAUAAAUGCUUGGUCCGUAAUAUAUUCUACAAAGAAAGAAGAAUAUUGCAAAGUGAUUAUUCAUAAUCUGAUAAGGGAUUGUAAGAUUUUAAUAAUAUAGUGUAAAUAUUAAAGAACUAUCCAGACUAAGAAACUCAUGAUUAUGGCUUGAUUUUGGAAGAAUAUCAAUGGCGCUGUAAAGAAUUGUAGUAAAUUGGGAAAAUCAUGAAAAGUAAUCCUGACUUUUAGUAAUUUAGAGAUAUCUAAAAUAAAAAGUAUAUUAAUUUUACUGAGCGUUGUGAGAAAUAUAUCGAAGCUUCAAGAAGCAAAAAAGGAGAAUUUUUCUUUUAUGCAUUCUGCAAGUUAGAUUUAGAUAAAUUUAGCUAUGAUAUUUAGAGUUUUGGAGUAAGUGAAGCCAUGUCUUAGCUGCUAGGAUUAGAGCUUUCUACUCUUUCCAGUGUCAUUUAAAAGAAGGGUUUAAUAAGUUCUUUUUCUAACUGCACAAGAUAAAUGAUUAUGAAAAAUUUCAUUUAAGCUCUGUCAAAAAAAUGCUAGCCUACUCAAAACUAAUAAUCUUAAGACGUAUCAGACACUACUAUCCUUAAUCUAACUGUUCAUACAUGGGACGGUCUUUCUAUUAACGUAGAAGGUCACUUUCACUCAGUUUAUGAUAGGAAUAGUGAUUUUUCCCUGAUCCCAUUCACAGAAAUAAUGUCUAUGGUUCAUGUAAAAGUUGAUGAAAGCGUUCUCAAUGCCGUCUACAAGAUGAGAUCUAAUCAAUAAACUGAAAAGAUAAUAAUGGACGCAUCUGGCGAAGACAUUUAUUACAACCUUCAAUUCCAGGUAUUCUAUGAUAAAUUUUAUGCCAGUAAUAAUAACGAUGCAGAAAUUAAUUAAGAAAAAAUGCGCUAAGAAUUUGAAGAAAUAUAGAAAAAGACUUGCAAGUAUCGUAAUAUCCUGUGA